UCCGUUGGCAUGGGAGAAAACGCCAGUUGUUAAUCAAUAAUCAUUGAAAGUCGAAAAUGUGUAUAUGUUUGGGUCCUCUGAAAUCUGGUAAAACUCUACUUUUGAGAAAUCUUCGGGGGGACUUAAUAGAUGACGCUCAUUAUGUCGUUCCAACCAAUGGAAUUAAUCUAGUUACUGUUAAAAGUGCGGACAAGCAUUUCGACUUGGUCAUUCGCGAGGUCGGAGGUAGCAUGGUACCUAUAUGGAAGCACCAUUUUGAUCGAGUUUACAAAGUGAUUUAUGUGAUAGAUGCGAGUAAUUUAUGCCAAAUAAGUGCAGGUGGAGUUUUGCUUUAUUCAUUACUGCUUGAGCCAAAAUUACAACAAGCAAGAUUUGCAUUGAUACUGACAAAAAUGGAUCAGUCAUAUCGACAAAUGAGAAACGAGGCGCUGCUCAUGUUACAUUUACAAAGGCUCAAGAAAGAAGUGCGUCAAGAAAUCACAGUCAUAGAGGCGAGUGGACUCACAGGACAAGGUGUAAAUGAACUGAGAGAAUGGCUCUUUGAUCCAAUAACUUUGGCUAAUGCUAGUCGUCCAAAACUUUAAUUAAACGUUGGAAAUGCAAGUAAUUGGUGUU